AAAAAAGGAUACAAACAGGAGCGCGAGAUUUUCCGUUUUCUCUGGCUCUGAAUGUUUUCUAAAAUUCCUGUGCUUUAGGGCUAAAUGCAGGCAACAAAAUUAUAGUGUUUGAUUCUUCGUGAAUAUUUUUCUGUGAACUUUUGAAAGGAAAUUUUAACGGAAAAAAUCUUGAAGAAAAGACGAAUAAGCAAAGCUAAAGAGAGACGAUGGAAUUUCAGUUAAUUCUCCUUGUUUUAGUUACAUUUAAGGAAGUUGAUGUUGCAGUCCCAGAUAUGAAUGGAGAUCCUAGCUUUAGUGCACCAAUUGCAAACAUCACAGUUCCUGUUGGGCGUGAGGCCACAAUGACGUGUAUUGUUCACGAUUUGGUUUCAUUUAAGGUUGCCUUCCUACGCGUUGAUACGCAGACAAUUCUCACAAUUCAAUCCACGGUAAUUACGAAAAAUCAUCGAAUUGGUAUCACGCAUACGGAAAAUCGCAUCUGGCAGUUAAGGAUCAAGGAUGUUAGGGAGUCAGACAGAGGGUGGUACAUGUGCCAAAUAAAUACAGAUCCAAUGAAAAGCCAAGUUGGAUACCUGGAUGUUGUUGUCCCCCCGGAUAUUCUGGACUACCCCACGAGUCAGGAUAUGAUUGUACGCGAGGGGUACAACGUGAGCCUCCACUGUGCUGCUGUGGGGUCUCCUGAGCCCACAAUCACGUGGCGUCGUGAACGGGGGAAGCCCCUCUUGUCCGUUGGAAGCCGCGAAAUUUUUAGCGCCGAAGGACCCUCCCUGAUUAUACCGCGUGUCAAUCGACACCACAUGGGUGCUUACCUAUGCAUAGCAUCCAAUGGGAUUCCACCCACAGUUAGCAAGAGGGUAAUGGUGAUUGUCAAUUUCCCACCGACAAUUUGGGUGAGGCAUCAGAGCUUUUUUGUAGCAAUCGGCCAAAAAAUCACCCUUGAAUGUAUCACAGAAAGUCACCCCAAUUCGGUAAACUAUUGGCUACGUGGGAAAGGAGAUAUUGUUCAGGGAGGAAGCUACGAACAGCUAAUGCUGGAAAAUGUCUUCAAAGUUGUAAUGAAGCUGGUUGUUCGUCCUGUAAAAGCCACAGAUUUCGGGAUCUACAAAUGCAUUGCAAAGAAUUCCCUGGGAGAAACAGAAGAAACCAUCACGGUUCAUCAUAAAUCAAAACCUGUGGAUUUGCUUGCCUACCACCAACCAAAUCACAUCAGUACUACAUUUGCCAACACUUCAAGCCACUUUCGCAAUCAAGACUGGAAUUUACAACCUUUCUCGCACUCCUGCACCACCGCAUCACUCGUCUCCAGUUUCCUGCUUCUCUUUUCACUCCUUCUGGUUACAUCGUGAUUUUCGUAAAGGACUCUCUCUCUCCUCUUGAAGUUGGUUUCUAUAUAAUCAAUCUAUCUGAAUGUAAAUACAGAUGCAUCGAGAAAGAGAAUUUAGGACGAAAGCUUGAUUUCUUUCUUAUAUAACGAUAAAAAUAUGUAAUAAUAAUUUAAGGAAUGUAUGUAGAAACUAUCAAGAAAAAAAUAGAUAUUAAUCGUAAAGCUGAAAUUUUAGCAUUUUAGGUACAUAUUCCUGUAAUAAUUUGUAUUUAGCUGUUUGUAGAAUAAUUUUAAAGGAUUCCUUAUUAGUUUAUAAGAAAAGUUAUGUUAAUAGAAGAAAAAAUAAAAUAAGAAAA